AUGGUGCUAAGGAUUGAGGUGUUUAGUGUAGGGAUUGUUGUAAUAUUGCACCUCUUAGGGAGAGGAGAAGCUCAGUUUGAUUAUGGAGCUGCUUUAACCAAAUCCUUGCUCUACUAUGAGGCUCAGAGAUCGGGCAAAUUGCCGGUGAACCAGCGCGUGCAGUGGCGCGCCGACUCCGCGCUUCACGACGGCGGCGAUGCAGGAGUCGACCUAACCGGCGGAUACUUCGACGCGGGCGACAACGUGAAGUUCGGGUUCCCGAUGGCCUUCACCACGACGCUGCUCUCGUGGAGCGUCGUCGAGUACGGCUCGCAGCUUGGCGCAAAGAACGAGCUGUGGAAUGCGUUGGCGGCGAUCAGGUGGGGCUCCGACUACCUGAUCAAUGCUCAUCCUUCGCCCGACGUUCUCUACGUCGAAGUCGGCGACGGCGACUCCGACCACGCCUGCUGGCAGCGGCCCGAGGACAUGACCACGCCGAGGAAUUCGUACCGGCUGGACGACUCCAAGCCCGGGUCGGACGCUGCAGCUGAGACCGCGGCCGCGCUGGCGGCUGCGUCCAUCGCUUUCCAGGGGUCGGACAAGGGAUAUGCUUCCACUCUCCUCAGCCAUGCAAAACAGUUGUUCGAUUUUGCCCGAAAUCAUCGAGGUUUGUAUCAGAAUAGCGUGCCAGUUGCAGGGAAGUACUACUCCAGCAGCGGAGACGAAGAUGAAUUGGUUUGGGCUGCUACAUGGCUCUUCCACGCCACCAAUGACCAAACCUACCUCAACUACAUUAAAAACGGAAGCAAUGGCGGCGUCCGGUCGGAGUUCUCGUGGGACGACAAGUUCGUCGGCGCCCAAACCCUAGUCUCAAAGCUGAUUCUGCAAGGCAAAAUACCCAACGACGGCGCGUAUUGGCAAUACAAGAACAAUGCAGAUCAAUUCAUAUGUUCAGUGGCUCAGAAGGGGAACAACAACAUCAAGUUGAGCCCAGGAGGGAUGUUGUGGUGGCACCCGUGGAACGAUUUCCAAUACACAACCGCGGCGUUGCUCGUCCUCACCGCUCACGCCGACCACUUGGCGAGUGCAGGUGCCACUCUUCAGUGCCCGGGCGGCACCGUCACGCCCCAGGAUCUAAUCUCAUUCGUUCGAUGGCAGGUAAAUUACAUUCUAGGGGCGAACCCGAAGAAGCUGAGCUACAUGGUUGGGUUCGGGUCAAACUAUCCGGGUCAGGUGCACCACAGGGGUGCAUCGAUUGUGUCGAUUAAGCGAGACCGCAAUCCGGUGUCAUGCCAGGGUGGGUUCUCCUCUUGGUUCAAUAAGAAUGAACCAAACCCUAAUGUGAUCGACGGUGCGAUCGUCGGAGGUCCCGAUGCGAACGACGGGUACACCGAUUCCCGAUCUAACUAUCAGCAGACCGAGCCGGCGACGGUCACGACGGCGCCUUUUGUUGGCGUAUUAGCCAGAAUCGCGUGAGUUAAUGACUUAAUGAUUUGGAUAAAAUGAGGGAUUUAGCUUAAGACAAGAAAAUUCUAGUCUCUAUAUCUAGUACCAGAAGAAAUAUUGUUGGAAUUUCCAUUUGUAAUUUCCAGGGUUCCUGAACAAUGAGAUCAAGAAGUAUAUACAUAUAUAUGUUA